AUGGCAACCUGGUCAGCACACGGCAAGCUCGGAUCCACCAUCUCCGGCGCAGAAGAAGCUGAAACACCCAUCCUCUGUGAAGCAUGUCUUGGCCCCAACCCCUACAUCCGCAUGACGAAAGACAGUCAAGGCAAGAUUUGCAAAGUCUGUACCCGACCCUUCACUGUCUUCCGCUGGAACUCAGGAGCAGGAUCUCGCUUCAAAAAGACCGAGAUCUGCACCACCUGCGCAAAAGUCAAGAAUGUCUGCCAAACUUGCAUUCUCGAUCUUCAAUACGGCUUACCGGUGCAAGUACGUGAUGCAGCGCUUGGGAUCAAGUCUGGAGGUCCAACAUCGGAUAAGAAUAGAGAAUACUUCGCAGAGACGAUGGAUAAGCAGUUGGAAGGGCCGACUAGCUUGGUGGGUUCGUCGAGUAGUCCUGCUGGUAGAGCUGGGCAGGAGCUGUUGAGGAAAGCGGCGAGGAAGGAAAUCGGGUAUAAGAGGGAUAGACCACAGCAGUACUGUUCAGCAUUUGCGAGAGGGAAUUGUCCGAGAGGAGAAAGCUGUCCGUUCAAGCACGAGUUGCCGUCGGAAAAACACUUUGCACCUCAGACCGUAGCAUCAACCUCAACUGCUCCAUCAUCAGCAGCAACACUACCUGCACCAGCAGCAGCGAGGAUAAUCAGCAAACAGUCAGCAACUGGCUUGCCACCACCAGAAGACACUUCCGUCAUCUCACUCUUUGUCUCGUCCUUACCGGAAAGCGCAACUGAAACACCGCUGAAGGAAUGGUUCCUCUCCCUUACUCCACAGCUGCAUGCAGAUCACAUCAAGUCUAUAACUCUGGUCACAGCAUCCAAAUGCGCAUUUGUCAACUUCCGCACCCGCCAACAAGCCGAAUUGGCUGCAAAACAUUGCUCACCAAAGAUGACGAUGGGAGACAAAGAGGUCCGGUUGACUUGGGGUCGCAGUCGACCUUCUAAGAAGGCUGCAGCUCCUAGCAAGGACUUCUAG